ACAUUUCAGUUUUAAAUUCAGCCGCAGCUUACAUGUGGUAUUAUCAUUUUAGGUGUAGGCUUAUUUAAAAGUAAGAUAAUACAUAGAUGUGGGGAACUGUUCAACAAUGUUUGACAGUAAUAAAAUAUCACAAUUCUCAUGCAAAACUGCGCAGGGUCGAUCAGCAUGGAUUAUUGUUAGGCCUACAUCUAUUCUUCGGCUAUUGACAACCUCUCCCUUUCCAGUUUGCAUGACUGGAGCUCUCACUAGCGCUGCUAGUGGACAAUCAAACCUACACACCCACCUCCAGACACACUCGCAUUUCUCAUUUCUUACUUCUAGUCUAAAUUAGAUAGCAAGACGCCGUGUCGGAGCUCACAGACCGCAUAGAAUUAGUUUUAAGUACAAGCGGUAGUUAAACAGCAAAGCUGAAAUUCAACAUGGAGUCCCCUCCAGAUCCAGCGAGCGACCCGGGCAACAGCGCGUCGGAGCCGGCUACCCCGGUCAGGGAAACCCCGGUAAACCUGGAGACGCUCCGGAAAGCGGACCAUCCAGCCCCGGUUCGAAGGCAGACCUGUUCCAGCACCAACAGAGGUAUUUCUGUAACAAAGAAGACACAUACCUCUCAAAUCGAAAUAAUUCCCUGCAAGAUCUGUGGAGACAAAUCAUCAGGCAUCCAUUACGGUGUGAUAACAUGUGAAGGCUGUAAGGGCUUCUUCAGGAGGAGUCAGCAGAGCAAUGCAGCCUACUCCUGCCCCCGUCAGAAGAACUGCCUGAUCGACCGUACCAGCCGCAACCGCUGCCAGCACUGCCGGCUGCAGAAGUGCCUGGCAGUGGGCAUGUCACGAGAUGCGGUGAAGUUUGGUCGCAUGUCCAAGAAGCAGCGAGACAGCCUCUAUGCUGAGGUCCAGAAGCACCGGCUGCAGCAGCAGCAGCGUGACCACCAACAACAGCCCGGGGAGGCGGAGCCACUCACACCUAGCUAUGGCCUCUCAGCCAAUGGCCUCACAGAGCUCCAUGAUGACCUCAGUGGCUACAUGGAUGGUCACACCCCUGAUGGCAGCAAACCAGACUCGGCAGUCAGCAGUUUCUACCUGGACAUCCAGCCAUCUCCUGACCAGUCAGGCCUGGACAUCAACGGCAUCAAGCCGGAGCCCAUCUGCGACUUUGCCCCUGGGUCUGGCUUCUUCCCUUACUGUUCCUUCACCAAUGGAGAAACCUCCCCCACCGUGUCCAUGGCUGAACUAGAGCACCUGGCCCAGAACAUCUCCAAGUCACACAUGGAGACAUGUCAGUAUCUGAGGGAGGAGCUGCAGCAGAUGACCUGGCAGGCCUUCCUGCAGGAGGAGGUGGAGAGCUACCAGAGCAAGCCCAGGGAAGUCAUGUGGCAGCUGUGCGCUAUCAAAAUAACAGAGGCCAUUCAGUAUGUGGUGGAGUUCGCCAAGCGCAUCGACGGCUUCAUGGAGCUGUGUCAGAACGAUCAGAUAGUGCUGCUGAAAGCAGGCUCUUUGGAAGUUGUGUUUGUCAGAAUGUGCCGUGCCUUUGACUCACAAAACAACACAGUCUAUUUUGAUGGAAAGUAUGCCGGACCUGAUGUGUUCAAGUCUUUAGGCUGUGACGACUUGAUCAGCUCCGUCUUCGAGUUUGGGAAAAACUUGUGUUCUAUGCACCUGUCUGAGGAUGAGAUCGCCCUGUUCUCCGCCUUUGUGUUGAUGUCUGCCGACCGAUCCUGGCUCCAGGAGAAGGUGAAGGUAGAGAAACUCCAGCAGAAGAUCCAACUGGCUCUCCAGCACGUCUUGCAGAAGAACCACAGAGAGGAUGGUAUACUUACAAAGUUGAUAUGCAAAGUGUCGACACUGCGAGCGCUGUGCAGUAGGCAUACAGAAAAGCUUACAGCUUUCAAAGCAAUAUACCCAGACAUUGUGCGUGCCCACUUCCCCCCCUUAUACAAGGAGCUGUUCGGAUCAGACUUUGAGCAGUCCAUGCCCGUUGACGGGUAGCAGCCCUGCCAGGUGCCAGUGUGCCCACCGUAGGGGAAUGUGGAGGAGGAAUCUGAGACACUUUAUUGGUGCCCUGCACAAACCAGAGCGGACAGAUGGCACGCUGUUCAACUUCUUCUUUUACAUUGUAGGGGAGGGCUUGGGUUUACUUUAUUGAAUUUAGUUCUCUUUGGAAGACUUGUGGCACCCAACACCCCAUGGGACAUGAAGAGGAGAUAGGGACAAAUAAUUUCUGUCUGGUUGAACUUGACCUUCUUAUGCGCAUUUCUAACAUGGAACUCAUGAUUGAUUUCAUUCAUUCAUUCAUUUUCCAGUUAAAAUAUCUGAUGACCUAUUCCAUGACAACAUGGAUUCAAAUCAGUAUUAUUUUUGAGAUUACACUCCCAAAACAGUUGUAGAAAUGUUCUUAUUCAGAACAGUCAUAGCCCUCUCACCCUCAAACAUUGUAUUCCCAAAGUGAAAUUUAAAAAAAAGCAGAUGCGCAAAUGUUGGUCAAGUUCAGCCGUUUUUUUUCUCUUGUGUUCAGUCAUAUCUUUUGGACGCAGUGCUUGGAAUGAAAACUCACAGCGACUUUGAGGGAGGGUCUGUCGGCAUGGUGUUGCAAUCGGCACCUCUCUAUGGACAAUCGUUUAAAAAAAAAAGAAACAUAGAAUUCUGGUAAUUCUAAUGAAAACGCAAUGAUUUUAGCUGUCAAAGACUCCAUCCACCAUUGUUGCAUAGUGAAAUCAUGUAAGGCCAUCUGCUAUUAAUCCUUCUCUGGACAGGUGCCCUGGAGAAGCACAGGGCACCAACACAAUGAAAAGGGUCCAUUCCACCUGUUUUAUAAUGUACUACAGGGUAUAUGGUCAUAAGUACUUACUAUACAGAAAAAAGUAAUGUUUAUAGAAUCUAUUUUAAAUAACAUGUAUGAUAUUAGUAGUUAGACCAUUCUUAAUUGUUGAAUUGAUAAGGCACUUUUAUUUACACCUUUCUUUAAUUUAAGACUUGUAUAUUAACCUAGUGAUGUGUUGCAUGUGCACAAGAAAUACAAGUUGAACCAUGGUCACAGAGGCUAGUCCUGGGAGCUGUAGAUGAUACUGGUCUGGAAGUUUAAAGGCCGUCUGUUAGGAUGGCUGGCGUUGCUGCCUGCUGGUGAACAAAGAGGCAUGGAUUAGAAGGCAGGUUAGAGACACUCUAUCACCUGUUACCUCAACAACCGCUAGUAACAACACCUGACAAAAUGUAGCUCUGAUACUCCUUUUAAAGUAAAGAGUAUGCACACAUACAAUAACAGCCAACAAAGCCUGGAGUGAUGGUAAUGUCUCAUGGCUUUCUUG